ACCAUCCGGUGUCGUUUCACCAUUUUGACCACCAAAUGCACUUGCGUCCUAACAAUUAUAAUUUAUAAGUCUAGAGGUUCGCUCGCGAAACGAGCUUCUCCGUAACCAGCCAUCGUCUCACGUCCAGGGAACCCCUGUCGUGUGAAUUGAGAGAGGGAACCAAGUCUACCGGGAUCGGAGUGCUUCAAGAAAAAAAUCGGAGAAAUGGGUGAGAGGGCGGCAGCUGCUUCGUUGAAGUUCGUUACGGUGCAGGCGAACUCGGCCAGCCUCGCCGAAGCGAGGGCUCGGGUGUUCGAAUUCUUCAAAACCACCUGCCGAUCCAUCCCUACCGUCAUGGAAAUCUACAAUCUCGAGGACGUCGUCAACGAGUCCCAGCUCCGUUCCGCCGUCUCCUCCGAGAUCCGCAGGCACGCUCACAUCACCAAUCCCAAGGUGAUUGACAUGCUACUUCAGAAGGGUACAGAAGAGUUGCACAACAUUGUGCAGCACUCAAAGCAGCGUCACCACAUCAUUGGGCAAUAUGUAGUGGGCCAGCGAGGACUUGUGCAGGAUUUAGGAAGCAAGGAUGAAGGGACGUCCGAUUUUCUCAAGAACUUCUACAAGAGCAACUACUUCUAGAUGCUCAGAAGGUAAAGGAGUGCUUAUGAUUUUCAGUCUUGCUUUCACCAUAUGGCUUCUCCAAGCGAAAUAAGGACCAUUGCCAUGGAAGAAUCAAUCAUCCUUUAACUUCGUUUUGAAUUCAUGUCAGUUGCUGCAAACGAGAUUUUUAGCUUGGGUUUCACUAGUAGAACAGGGUAUUUGCCUAUUUGGCCCGAAUAUAUGUCAUUGAUGCCAGUGAAGAAGGCUCGGAUCCUGUUUUCUAAUUUCCCCCCCUUCCCCUAAGUGCCUAUUGUCAAGCUUUCUUAAUGAUAACAAUAAUGAUGACAUUCCCGGGAUACCAUAUUACUGCGUGGUUGUAUUGGUUGACUGUUGUACUUAGUCUUGCUUUAUUUCGAUGAAACGUUUUGGUUAAGUUGUUUCAAAAUAAGCAAUUGAGCCAAAAAUAAAACAAUUUGGGGCUAGACAAUUUGAAUUACCUCAUUUCGUAUCGGUUUGAAUUGAUAGAGGAAGGUAAGUUUCGUAUCGGUUUCAAUUGAUAGGAGAAGGUAAGUUUUCUGAAAUGAUGCAUAAAUCGUGAGUUGAUACACUUUUAGGGCUCAGCUUCGAUAACUAAAUCUGAUCUUUGGAUUUUAGGGAGUCCAUAAAAUUCAGAUAUAAAGGUUGAGAAUAUACAUUUUAUGUUUUUUAGUUUUCUUAAUCGACUCUUAUCUUCCUCGUUCUAACUUGGAUUUUAAUUUUUUUUGCACAGAUGAAGCGAGUUUGUUGUGAUCUACAAAAUGAGAUCUAUUUUCAAUACGCUUUGAGAAAGAAAAAAAAUUAUACCUCUCGUUACCAACUUCAUACCAUUUGGUAUCUCGUUUUUAAGUUGUUUUGAAAAUAUUUGCACAGAAGGAAUGAGUUCAUCAUGAUUUAUUGGAUCUCCAAUUUAUGGGAGAAAAAAUACAGGACAAAAAAAUACCACUGAUAACACCUAAAUUAGUGUUAUUUAACCUUCAUAUUAAGGUUUGUUUCGUGUCAAUUCGUGCCAAUAAUUGUUUGAACAGUGCCAAUUGCAUCCCUAUUUCGUUCCUAUUUGAUUUUGAUGUGAUUUUACGGUACUUUAGACAAUACAUGCGAAUUAGAUACAAAAAAGGACGCAAGUGUAGCAAAAGGAGCAGAAGACUGAAGAUCGCAACCUGGAGAAGAAGAUCAUGACUGAGAUCAUAGCCUGCGAACUCAAGGUGAAGAUCGCGACAUGGAAGCCCAAGAUCGCGACCGCGAAUCUGAAGGCUGAGGGCGCGAACUUCGCGAAGAAGCAGCCGAGGAGAAACAUAGAGUUUUCCUAGUCAGAACACGACCAUAGUGAAAAUUGACCGCGAGAAAGUUUGCGGCCGCGACUCGUGUAUCGCGACCGCGAAGUCAGCCGGCGAACUCCUUUUACUUUAAGGCCAAAAUGGUAGCGUCGCAAGAUCGCGACCUCCAUGAAGAAGAUUACCCGCGAUCUUUGCCCUUCCUGACCGCAAACUUCUCCGUCCUCUGAUACUAUAAAUAGAAGACCCCUUUCCCCUAUUAAGGGAGCUGAUUUUGAGAUAGAAUUUAUGGUUUGAGAGAGAGAAGAUGCGAAGGAGGAGCUAGAACAGAGGAGUCAUAUUUCUCAACAUCAAGUAUUUUUGCACCUCUUUAUAUAUCUUCUUCUCUCAUUUAUGGAGUAGUCCUCUUAGUUACUAGGAGUUCUAAACCCCAAACCCUAGUUUAAGGGUUACUACGUAAUGAAUGAAUAUUUUUGGG